UGACAGACAGUGUUGUUCACAACAAACCCGUCGUUUCCAUCAACUCUUCGCACAUCUCAGCCAUGGAUUCAAUCCCGAAGUUUACGUCAAAGACACGGACGAGUACUUUGGAUAAGUCUCUCCCCAAAGCUAAGUCCGAAAUCAACAUAAGUAUCUACGCUCUACUCAUGAGUGAAAUGGUGCAGUACUGCCAGAAUAGGGUCUAUACUGUUCCCGAACUGCAGACCAGAUUGUCGGAAAUGGGUUAUAGAGUCGGACAACGAGUCAUGGAUUCGAUGGCUAUUCGCGAGAAGAACUUCAAGAGAGAGACGCGAAUCAUCAAUAUGUUG